CUAGUAAUACAGAGCUGUACCGGAAAGAAAUUGGCCUAAAACAAGCAAACAAAAGAAACGUGGUUGUUUUCUGUUGAGGCUUACUGGUGGCAUACAGAAGCAUAUGCACACGUGCAUGCUCUCCACCUACGGAAUUAAAGAAGGGCUAUGAUUUGUGCAACCCUUGUUUAGACAGAUUUAAGCAGAAUUAGUGUAACAAGAGUCUUUCUGUUGGGGAAGUUGGUAUCUUGGGAAGAUCAUGAUCUUCAAGUGGGAUUUCUAACAUCCACCAGUCUCUGGUGUCCCUUCCCUCCCAACUGUCACCAUUUUGUGCAGGAGCUGGGUAUCCUGCCUUGUGCCAGUAGAAGCCACAGCCACUACGUUUGCUGAGUAGUUGGUAGCCUCAGCCUUUUCACUUCUUCCAGACCAGCCUUUCUGAGAGAUUAAUUUUUUGCUGGCUGCUGAACAAGGUCACUGAGACAGUUCUAGAGGAAGCCAGAGGGCAAAACCAGGGUGCCGGAGAACUAAGGGCAAUUGGAGAGACUGUAAGUUAACAAAAGGACGGGAACAUUUUGGGGGAGGGUGAGAGAGGAAGAAAUAGGAAGUGGAACAGUAAAGACAAAGAACAGUGCCAGGAGGGCUGGUCCUUGAAACUGCUGCAUGAUGGGAACGGGAGGAGCUAAGCUGGGCUGGGUCUCCUCCGGAAGCGUUUUUCACCGGGGCCUUGGUUCAGUUAGGACACAGAGGAACUGAUGGGUGCAGUGAGUGAGAGGUGCCGAGGCAUGGGAUGACGUGGAGGCAGAACUAUUUGGGGCCUGAAGAUCAGAUAGUGCUUGCUCCCAGCCUUUUGAUAAAAGGACAACUCGUGCCAGUGCCGUAAGUCAGGCACGUUUUCUGAGCUGAUAACUAGCGUGUGCCUUUUGGAAGGAAUUUGUAUGCCUCGUUCUAUCAAAGGAGUGGUCCCAGCAGUCCUCCAGCCUGUCCUCCCAUAUCCAAAUCCUGAUGUGAAAUGAGUAAAGACUUCCACAAACUCCUUUUUGCCAUUUCUGAGGCUUUGAUCACAGAUGAACUGGAAGCUCUGAAGUUCCUCAGCCUGGAGCACAUCCCCAUGAGGAAGCUGGAAGCCAUCCGGGAGCCCAAAGCCUUCUUCGAAGUGCUGCAGGAGAAAGACAUGAUGGAGGCGGGGAACCUGUCCUUCCUGAAGGAGCUGCUCUACCGGAUCAAUCGGAUUGACCUCCUGGGUGUCCACCUGGACUCCAGCCGAGCGGAGAUGGAGAGGGAGCUUCAGAUCCCGGGCAGGGCACGGGUGUCGGCCUACAGGCAACUGCUAUAUGAAAUUGCAGAGGACUUGACUCCGGAAGAUGUCAAGAGCGUGAAGUUCCUGCUCCAAAAACAAAUACCAAAGAACAAGCUCCAGGAUAAUGCUUCAAUGUUGAAGGUCUUCCUGGAAAUGGAAAGAAACGGGAUAAUUAAAGAAGAUGACCUGGCAGUGCUGAAAGAUACAUUAAAGGGAUUUAGAGCUGAUCUAAAGAAAAAAAUCGAUACCUAUGAAGAAAAAAGAAAAGAAAAUGAUUCUAAGGAAAAAUUCCACCACCCAGUAUCUGCGUCUGUGCAUGCAGCAGAACAAGGAGCAGAGGGGGAGACACCACACCUGGUUGUGGAAUCAUAUAAAAUGAAAAAUAACCCCCAUGGUUACUGUGUGAUUCUUAACAACUACAUUUUUAAAAAUCCAUCAGAAGCCAGAGAAGGAACAGUGAAAGAUGGAGAGGCAGUGAAGAGGGUCUUCAAGUGGCUUCAGUUUGAGACAGUUGAGCACAUGGAUCUAGAAGCAAAGCAAAUGUACGCAAAAGUUGAAGAAUACAGCAAAAAAGAUCAUAGUAACAUGGACUGUUUUGUUUGCUUCAUUUUUUCCCAUGGUGAAAAAGACAAAAUAAAAGGUGUUGAUCAUCAGUUUGUAAAUAUUAGAGAUUUAGUCUCCUGCUUCAGUGGAUCAAAUUGUCCGUCUCUUGCUGGCAAACCCAAGCUGUUUUUCAUCCAGGCUUGCCAAGGCUCUGCAGGUCAUCCAGCUGUCACAGUAAAAGAAGACUUUUCUAGCCAUCUUGAGGUGGAUGCUACCCCUAUGAUUUCCAUUCCUGAUCAGGCUGAUAUUCUCAUUGGCAUGGCUACAGUGGAAGACUACGAGUGCUACCGCUGUACAAAGACUGGCAGCAUUUACGUUCAGUGCCUCUGUGACAAAAUGGAGUUGCUGUGCCCACUCCGCAAGGAUCUCAUAACAAUCCUGACAGAAGUGAACAAGGAAGUGGGAGGAAGAGUGUUAAAUGGAUGGAAGCAGAUGCCAAAGAUAACAUCAACCCUACGGAAGCAAUUGAUCUUCCAAAUUUCACAAUGUCAGUCAACUGAAAAGUAGAAAAAUAUACACUCAGUUAGGAAUCGCAUUUGGAAUGGGCUUCCACAGGAAGAGAAUUUGCAAGAGGAAUUAUCUGGAGCUGUGUAGUUAGCCUGGCUCCUCCAAGGGGCCAUGGGACCUAAGUUGUCCCAUUCCCGAGUUUAAACAGACUCCUGUCACCUGGAUCUGUAGCAGUCUGGUAAGGCCGUGGAGGAGUACGGGUCUGGCUUUCUGCCCUGCAGAAGCAGUGGAGUCUGUUCAGUCUGGGUUUCAAGUGAGGAAGCACUUCCAAGUAGUAUGAUUUUUAAGAGUUUCUGGAAAUACCAAUGGAAGUUCCGUUUCUGUCCAAGUUGUUUUAAGUUCCUGGAAUCUGAAGAAAAGAACAGAUACAUUGGGAAUACUAGAUCUCUUCACUGGGGGCAUGUGUAAGAUUGUAACAGAUUUACCCAGAGGUGGGUCAUUGGCUGUCUCUGGAAGCUGUAUAAUUUUUCAUGGAAAAUAACGUCCCUGUCCAGAAGGACAGAAAAAAAGAUAUUAUUAUGAUAAUAUUUCCUCCAAAUAUUUGGCUUACUUUAUUUUUUUAAUUAACUUGGCUAAACAGCACUGCUGUUUAGGCUUUUAAAUAGUAAGGGUUCUAUUUGUGUUUUUUUCUCAGAGCUCUUAGGGGACAGCCUGUUUUGAAUGGCUCUUGACUGCUGGAAGGAAGGUCCCACUUCAUUAGACCCUCUGCUCUGAGAUGCCUUCUCCUCCUGGCGACUGACUCUAGUUCCUGUGGACUCUUGUUUCUGUUGUAAUAAACAGUCUUGGUUUUCAUAUUA